AGAAAAUUUGUUUGGUGAACUUACCCCAGAAACACACUCCUCUCUUUGCCUUCUGUCAAGAAAACGUUUCAUCUUUAUCCCACCCGUGUUCCUUUCAGAUUUCAAACACUUGCACCAAAAUUUCACAUGCUGUUGCUUCUUCGAGUAACUCUCUCUGUCUCUAUUCCUUUCCCAACUAUCCCCUUUGUUUUUUCCAACCCUUUGGCUUCUACUCCUACCAUGUUUCCCCAUUUCUGAAUAUCUCUCUCUCUCUCUCUCUCUCUCUCUCUCUCUCUCUCUCUCUCUCAUAUAUACUUUACUUCUCUGAUCUCUAAGUUUGAAGGCAAUGUCACAAGGCUAUGGGAUUGAGCUCUACUUUGAUCCAGCACUCGAAAACCAGGUCCUUAAGGCCUGGAAUGUACUGGCUCGCCGCCAAAUAAGUACUCACCUGAUCGAAAUAGAAUCCAGACCUCACAUUACCCUCUUCUCCACUCCUUUUACCGACCCAUCAAAGCUUGAAAACAUAGUCAAAAUUUUUGCUUCAAAGCAAGAAUCCUUACCCAUAUGUUUCUCCUCAAUCGGAAGCUUCCCAAAUGACAAUAAUGCCUUAUUUCUUGCCCCAACUCCAUCAUCAGCCCUCCUUCAGUUCCAUUCCCAAUUGUGGGAUGCCAUGAAAAAGGAGGGCAUUGAAAUUGGGGAGGAAUAUCGCCCUGACUCAUGGAUUCCUAACUGUCCUGUUGCUGAAGAAGUGCCCAAGAGUCGAAUGGCUGAGGCCUUCACUGUUUUGAGGGACUUGAAAUUGCCGGUCACUGGGUAUGCAAUGGAUAUUGGUUUGGUGGAGUUUUCUCCGGUUCGUGAAAUCUUCUCAUAUAUGCUUGGAAACACAGUAGAAGCAUGAGGUUUGAAAUUUGUUUUGUUGUGUUCAUGUUGAAUUAGAUUUUAUCUUUUGAAUGUGCUAUAUUUUGCUGAUGUAGAAACCAAACACAGUUAGUAACAAUGGUUCAGUUAACAGCAGGGUGAAGAAUUCUGUCUUUACUGUGAAAAUUACUUGUGCUUGAUUUGGCUGGAUAAAGUUACAUGCUUAGUUCAGAAUCUAUUUUGCUCUUAUUCAGGUUU